CUCGGUUGUUGGAUUUGUAAAACUAUCCUAAAGUGCCUUGCACCUUGCAGUGGUUCUACAUUUUAUUUUCCCAGUCGGAGUCUGUGGCGGAGCUGCUUUGAUUCAACUGUUCGCGGGAAGGGAGACAGAUUAAAUCAUGGGGAGGCACUCUAAUAACCUCCCCCAACUCAAACCAUGUUUCACAUUCCGGGUGUUGUGGAUGGUUCAAGCCUUCCUGGACCUGGCCGGCUCCCAGGAGAUUUACGCGCCGCACUCGAUCCGGGUGGAAGGCGACGUGACGCUGGGGGGGCUCUUCCCGGUUCACGCCAGGGGGGUCCCGGGGAUACCGUGCGGGGACAUCAAGAAGGAGAACGGCAUCCACCGGCUGGAGGCGAUGAUGUACGCCCUGGAUCAGAUUAACGGCGACGAAGAUCUGUUGCCCAACGUCACCCUGGGCGCCCGGAUCCUGGACACCUGCUCCCGGGACACAUACGCGCUGGAGCAGUCGCUGACUUUCGUGCAGGCGCUCAUCCAGAAGGACACGUCGGACGUGAGGUGCACCAACGGGGAGCCGCCGGUGUUUGUGAAGCCCGAGAAAGUUGUCGGGGUCAUAGGAGCGUCGGCCAGCUCGGUGUCCAUCAUGGUGGCCAACAUACUGCGCCUCUUUCAGAUCCCUCAGAUCAGCUACGCGUCCACCGCUCCGGAGCUGAGCGACGACCGGCGGUACGACUUCUUCUCUCGGGUCGUCCCUCCGGACAGUUUCCAGGCUCAGGCGAUGGUGGACAUCGUCAAGGCCAUGGGCUGGAACUACGUCUCCACCGUGGCCUCGGAGGGCAGCUACGGGGAGAAGGGGGUGGACGCCUUCAUGCAGCUCUCCAGAGAAGCAGGUGGAAUCUGUAUAGCUCAGUCACUGAAGAUCCCUCAUGACCACAAACCCUCUGACUUUGAUAAAAUCAUCCGCCUGCUGCUGGACACUCGGUACGCCAGGGCAGUCAUCCUGUUCGCUUCUGAUGAGGACAUCAGGGGGAUCCUGAAUGCCAGUAAGCGAGCUGACCAGGUUGGUCACUUCAUGUGGAUUGGCUCUGACAGCUGGGGGGCCAAAAACAGUCCCAUCCACCAGCUGGAGGAUGCUGCCGUCGGAGCCGUCACCAUACUGCCAAAGAGAGCCACCAUCAGCGGGUUCGAUGCGUACUUCACAUCACGGACUCUGGAGAACAACAGGAGGAACGUGUGGUUUGCCGAGUACUGGGAGGAGAACUUCAACUGCAAGCUGAUGAGCUCCUCCAAGAAAGACGAGAGCAGCAGAAAGUGCACAGGUCAGGAGCGGAUCGGCAUCGAUUCCAAGUACGAGCAGGAGGGAAAGGUCCAGUUCGUGAUUGAUGCGGUGUACGCGAUGGCUCACGCCCUCCACAACAUGCAGAGAGACCUGUGCCCAGAGAACUCCGGCAUCUGCCCGGAGAUGGACCUGGCCGGAGGGAAGAAACUGCUCAAGUACAUCCGCAGCGUCAGCUUCAAUGGAAGUGCUGGUACUUCAGUGACGUUCAACCGUAACGGCGACGCUCCCGGACGCUACGAUCUGUUUCAGUACCAGUGGAACAACAUCAGCGGGCCGGGCUACAGGGUGAUCGGACAGUGGACAGAGAACCUGCAGCUCAACAUCGAGGACAUGCAGUGGCCUCGGGGCGAGCAGGAGAUUCCCAGCUCUGUCUGCAGCCUUCCCUGUAAAACCGGCGAGAGGAAGAAGGUGGUGAAAGGCAUGCCCUGCUGCUGGCACUGCGAGCCCUGCGACGGCUACCAGUACCAGUACAAUGAGUUCACCUGCAAACUCUGCUCCUACAACAUGAGACCCAAUGCCAACCGCACAUCCUGCCAGCCUAUACCCAUCAUAAAACUGGAGUGGCACUCACCCUGGGCGGUGAUUCCAGUUUUCCUGGCAAUGCUUGGCAUCAUCGCGACAAUAUUCGUCAUGGCUACCUUCAUACGGUACAACGACACGCCGAUUGUCCGAGCGUCGGGCAGGGAGCUGAGCUACGUUCUGCUGACUGGGAUAUUUCUGUGUUAUAUCAUCACAUUCCUCAUGAUCGCCAAGCCAGAUGUUGGUGUGUGCUCGUUCAGAAGGAUUUUCCUGGGUCUGGGUAUGUGCAUCAGCUAUGCCGCCCUCCUCACCAAAACCAACCGCAUCUACCGAAUCUUCGAACAGGGGAAGAAGUCGGUUACGGCGCCCAGGCUGAUCAGUCCCACCUCACAGCUAGCAAUCACCUCCAGCCUCAUCUCGGUGCAGCUGUUGGGGGUGCUAAUCUGGUUCGGGGUGGAUCCGCCCAACACCAUCAUAGACUAUGACGAGCAGAAGACCAUCAACCCGGAUCUGGCACGAGGGGUGUUGAAAUGCGACAUCACGGAUCUUCAGAUCAUCUGCUCGUUGGGUUACAGUAUCUUACUGAUGGUGACGUGUACUGUUUAUGCCAUAAAGACCCGUGGGGUCCCGGAGAAUUUUAACGAGGCCAAGCCCAUCGGGUUCACCAUGUACACCACCUGCAUCGUAUGGCUGGCUUUUAUACCCAUCUUCUUUGGCACGGCCCAAUCUGCAGAAAAGCUGUACAUCCAGACGACCACGCUGACCAUCUCCAUGAACCUGAGUGCGUCUGUGGCCCUCGGGAUGCUCUACAUGCCCAAAGUCUACGUCAUCAUCUUCCACCCGGAGCUCAAUGUGCAGAAGAGGAAACGUUCCUUCAAAGCCGUCGUCACAGCUGCCACCAUGUCAUCCCGACUCUCCCACAAGGCCAGCGACCGGCCCAACGGAGAGGCCAAGACGGAGCUUUGUGAGAACGUGGACCCCAACAGUCCAGCAGCAAAGAAGAAAUACGUGAGCUACAACGACCUUGUGAUCUAA